AGCCCAGCCACCCUACGGUAGGUACACCAGCUCAGAACAAGCACACAUCUCUCCAUCAUGGCUGCCACCUGGACCCUGGAGGACGACAUGUCCUGCCCUGUGUGCUGCGAUGUUUUCACUGACCCUGUGGUGCUGGGCUGCAGCCACAGCUUCUGCAGGAGCUGCCUGGACAACUACUGGAACACUCAGGUCAUCAAAAAGUGCCCCGUCUGCCGCAAACAUUCCCUAACCGACGCUCCACCCAGUAACCUGGCUCUGAGGAACAUCGUGGAGACCUUUGCGAGGGAGAGGAGCCACAAUACCACCAAGCAGGAUGAGACGAGAGAGGAGGAGAAGGAGAGCCAGGGAAGGAGGGAGUCAGGAGGGAGGAGUGUGUUGGUACCGGAUGGGGAUGAAAGGUGCAUUCUCCAUGGGAAGAGGUUGUUGUUGUUCUGUGUGGAGGACCAGGAGGCUCUGUGUGCGGUGUGUCACACCUCCAGGAGACACAGGACUCAUCAGCUCUGCCCUGUGGAUGAGGCUGCUCAGGAACUCAAGGAGGAAGUGAAAGCAUCUAUCAUCCCUCUGAGGAGGAAGUUGGAGACAUUCCAAAAGUUGAAGGAGGAUUGCAUGAAAACAGCAGAACACAUCAAGAGCCAGGCCAAGCAAGCAGAAAGGAAUAUAAGAGAUGAGUUUGUGGCGCUGCAUCAACUCCUGCGCCUGGAGGAAGUUGUCCGGCUGUCUGCCCUCUCUGAGGAGGUGGACACGAAGACAGUUAUAAUGGCAGAGAAGAUUGAACACCUGGCCAAGAAGAUGACGUCCUUGACCAGCAACAUCAGAGAGAUAGAACAGGAUGUAGAGGCAAACGACCUGCCAUUUCUCCAGGCUUACAAGAACAACAAAGCAAGGGCCAACUGUACAUUGCAGGAUCCAGAGCCUGUAUCAGGGGCAUUGAUCGAUAUGGCCCAACACUUGGGCAACCUAAGGUUCAAGAUCUGGGAGAAGAUGCAGGAGAAGGUGCAAUACACCCCAGUGACUCUGGACCCCAACACCGCGGCCCCCUGGCUAUCUCUCUCAGAUGACUUGACCCGUGUGUGCGUCAGUGGAGAGAAGCCUCACGUCCCCAACAACCCAGAGCGCUGUGACACGUGUGUUUGCGUGCUGGGGGCCGACCACUUCAGUUCCGGCAGUCACUCUUGGGAGGUGGAGGUGGCGGGUAAGACCAGAUGGGACCUGGGGGUCCUGAGAGAGAGCGUGAGUAGGAAAGGGGUCCUGAGUGUGAACCCUGCCCACGGGUUCUGGGCCCUGUCCCUGAGGGACGGCGGCCAGUACAGCGCCUGCACCAUGCCCUGGACCCGUCUCACUCUGAAGAGGAGGCCCAGGAGGGUCAGAGUGUGUCUGAACUAUGAUGCGGGAGAGGUGACUUUCUAUGACCCCACUGACAUGUCACUCAUCUAUUCAUUCAGGGACAAGUUUAAAGAGCCAUUGUUGCCCUACCUCUGUCCCUGUGUGACUGACAGCGGCCGCAAUUCUGAGCCACUGAAGAUAUGCCCUGCCAAAGUCUCAUUGGUUCAUGAUGUUGGUAAUAAAGUUUUGUAGAU